AUGAACGCCUUUUUUGACGGUUAUGUCCAUUCGAAGACAAAUUUGAAGGAGUUUGUUGAUCAGUUUGACAAUACGUUGAAGAAGAAAAUUGAAAAUGAAUGUCAGGCAGAAUUCCACUCCUUUAGCGGCACCAUUCCCUGCGUAUCUAGAUCCCCAAUUGAGAAGAAAUUUCAAGAGCUGUACACCAAUGCCAAAUUUAAAGAAGUUCAACAGCAAGUAAUUGGUGUGCUUGAUUUGGAUCCAGCGCUACAGACAUCGGAUGGGGUAAUGAAGAAUUAUUUGGUAGAAGAUGAAGUUCGUAUUCAGGAGUUCACAAAACAGGUUACAUAUGCAGUGGAUUUUAAUGUCGAGGCAGGAAAUGCAAAGUGUUCAUGUGGGUUAUUUCAGAUGAGAGGGAUAUUAUGUAGGCACAUUUUGGCUGUAUUCAAAUCAAACGGUAUAAAAUCAUUGCCAGAAGGCUACAUUUUAGAGCGAUGGAGAAAGGACAUCAAGAGGAGAUACACAUUAAUUCGAAAUAGCUACGAUGCAGGGGAUGAGAGGGCAAAUGGUAAUAGACAUGCAAUUCUAUUGAAUAUGUGUUAUGAGAUGAUCGACUAUGUGGUAGAAUCUAACGAGCAAUUUGAAGAUGCAAAGAAGAGGAUACAUGAGAUGACUGGAUUAUAUCGUCAGAACCAUAACCCGUUAUCUAUGAACUCUGAAAAAGAUUUAGAACCUGUUACGACAUUGGAUACAGCUGCUGCAGUUGGUAGUUCACAAGGAGUAAAGAGUCCAAUUGUUGUCAGAGGGAAAGGGAGACCCCCAUCUCUUAGAAGAGCAUCAAAGAUGGAGACAGAUAUGCGGAAGGUUAAAGCCAAACAGAAAAAAGCACAAGCAGGAGGAAAGCGCAAACAGCGAGAUGAGGGAGAUAUAGCUCCCAUGGGCACGUGCAGGAAUUUAUUUGGAGCAUCAGAAGUAGAUAUCACCAAUUCCGGAGAAGGGCAGGUUAUGAAGAAGCUGGAGAAGGACAAGUUAGAAGCAGUUUGUGUUGGGGGUAAAUUGCCUAAGAUGGGUUCUCAAAAGUUAGAACAAGUUUGUGUUUCAAAAAAUUAG